UUGUGCCUCAUUUCUCAACCCCAUCAGCCCCCUUAACUCUCCCUUUUAUCUCUCCCUUUUACCAUCAUCUUCUUGGCCUCUCUCUUUCAACUUUCAACCCCAUUUCUUCCUUGUAGUGGAUGGUUUAGGGCCUGGAGAUGGCUGUGGAGUUGAUGACAGGAUUCAGAAACGAUACUUUUGCUUCCAAAAUGGAAGAAAGCGCCGUUCAGGAAGCCGCGACUGCUGGACUUCAGAGCGUUGAGAAGCUCAUCAGGCUGCUAUCCCAAUCCCAAUCUCAACCCUCUCAAAUCUAUCAAGAUCCUUCUUCAAAACAAUCGUCCGAUUAUCAAGCUGUGGCCGAUGCCGCUGUCAAUAAGUUCAAGAAAUUCAUAUCCCUUCUCGACCGCACCAGAACCGGCCACGCCCGGUUUCGCCGCGGCCCGGUUACUAAUCCCCCUCAACCGGCACCGCCGCUGCCGCCGACCCAACAACCGGAGCAGCCGCAACCGCAAAGACAGCCACCCCAGAGUAACCCUGCAGCAACAAGUCAACCCGCGAAUAAUUUGUUUCAAGAGGAUGAUGAUAAGGAGAAGGUGAAAUCUAGUUCAAGGAUUUAUUGUCCGACGCCCAUUCAAGGGUUGCCGCCGCUGCCGCACAACCACCACCAGUUAAUGAAGAACGUGAAUAUUGAGAGGAAGGAGUCCUCCACCACCAUAAAUUUUGCGGCUGCAUCGCCUGUAAAUUCAUUUAUGUCGUCGUUGACCGGGGAUACGGAGAGCAUGCAGCCGUCUAUGUCCUCUGGGUUUCAGAUUACCAAUCUUUCUUCUCAUGUAUCGUCCGCCGGUAAGCCCCCGCUCUCCACGUCGUCGUUAAAGAGGAAGUGUAGCUCCAUGGAUGAUUCCGCUGUGAAGUGCGGUGGCGGUGGCGCUGCUUCCUCAGGUGGUCGAUGCCAUUGUCCUAAGAAAAGGAAAUCAAGGGUGAAAAGAGUGGUUAGAGUGCCAGCUAUAAGCAUGAAAAUGGCCGAUAUUCCACCGGAUGAUUACUCCUGGAGAAAGUAUGGUCAAAAGCCCAUCAAGGGAUCUCCUCAUCCUAGGGGAUAUUACAAGUGUAGCAGCUUAAGAGGGUGCCCGGCCCGUAAGCAUGUGGAGCGGGCGUUGGAUGAUCCGACUAUGCUCAUAGUUACAUAUGAAGGGGAGCAUAAUCACUCACAUUCUGCUACGGAGGCACCAGGAGCUCUAGUUCUUGAAUCAUCUUAAUCUCAACCGUCAAUCGGUUGAUUGGCACCAUUCCACGGAGCGGAGAAGUUUUGGCCCCCCGGCCCCCACCACGAAGAUGAUCUAAUCAGAACCGUCCAGAAGAGGAAGGCAGAAGGGAGAAGAACUGAGGAACGAAGCUCAGUCGGUCAACCCUCUUAGGGUCGGGAAGCUGCCUAGACAUUAAUGGUUAACAGGGGCCACUUGUACAUUAUUUUGUUCUCUCUCUUUGACUAAUUGUAUUCGGCAUCGAGUAACUUUCCGAAAUGCAAAGAAAAGAUGGCAAAUUUGUGGAUUUUGAAUCAGUCAAUUAGUGGGGCUUUCUUUGUUUUCUUGUUAA